AUGCUUUUUUCAGAGCGUAAAUUGAAAUUUGAAUCGACAUAUCUGCGAUCUAUACCCUCGGCUAGCCAAUAUGAGAAGUCUUUCAUGCAUCGCGAUAUCAUCACACAUGUUCUUGCUACCGAAACGGAUUUCAUCAUAACUGCUAGCAUCGAUGGUCAUCUGAAAUUUUGGAAGAAAAAGUAUGCAGAGGGUGUGGAGUUUGUAAAACAUUUCCGUUGUCAUUUAGCUUCAUUUUCUCACCUUUGUGUAAACUUCAACGGUACACUGCUUGCGACUGUUUGUCAACAAGACAAGCACGUAAAAAUAUUCGAUGUCGAGAAUUUUGACAUGAUUAAUAUUCUGAAAUUUGAAUUUGCUCCCAGAAAGGCCUGCUGGGUCCACCAAGGUUAG